AUGGAUGGGAACUUCAAAGCAGAACACCUGCAUCCUAUCAACCCAGAUGAUGAAGUAUGGCUGUCUGAUGGAUUUGGAUUCAUGGUCAAGCUGCAACAACCAUUGAGCUGUCAAUCCAGCGAAUGCAGCUCAAAGCUGGAGUCCACCGGGAUCAGGGGGGUGAAAGGAGAAAGACAGAUGAACAUGGAUUAUGCCCUGUGCGAGGCUGCGGCAUACAACAUGAAAGGCAUCACCAAGGCUGUCACCUUCUACUACAUCAACUGUCAGUACAACAAGCAUUUUUACGCUCAAGUGAAUCAAGAAUCGGGCUUUGGCAUGUGCAUGGACAUCAGGACAGCUGCUAUGUGA